AUAUUAUCAGGAAUAGCGGUUACAGGAAAUUAGUAAGGCGCUUUUAUUGUCACGUGAAUAAUUACUUCGAAAUUAGUUUAGGGUAGGAAAAUAGAGUGUUACACAAACUUAUCAGCGCGAGCUAAGCAUCCUCCAUUUAGCUAACGGUGCCAACCGGCGGCGUGUUCACGACCCUCUACAGCUCUGUUUCCACUUCUCUGCUGGCAUUCACAAGACAGCGAUACACGGAUUUGCUGCUAGGGUCACAACAGCACGUUGCAGCUUUACCCAAUACGGGACUAUUGCAUUGUUUCCCCCCACCUUUUCCUUGCUUUUAAAUCGCCGUUCGGAACCAAAACAACCCGAAUUUGAUCAUCAGUCCAGGCAGGGCUGCCACUGGAGGAUGGUGGGGGUACUCCGAUGAACCUCCUCAAGUGCAUGAAACCCUCCUUGCCUCCACAAAGCACUGGCGGCUCCUUCAUAAAUGAGCCAGUCUCCUGGCAACCAGGCACCAAUCAGCACGCAGGAUCUCUCUCUGUAGUAACCACUGUGUGGGGUGUGACCAAUCACACACACAAUCAGGUGUUUGGUGCACCCAUGGGCCCUGGCGAUAGCUCUGGCAGUCACAUGAUGCCCGGUGGUAGCCCUGGUAUGGGUCCUGGGAUGGGCUCCCAAUUCAUAGGUCAGCAGUCAUAUGGAGAUCCUGUCUCGAAAGGUUAUGGCCAGCCAGUCAUGUAUGGACGUCCCAGCACUGCUUACAACCCAGCCUCCGCCUACAGUGGAAGUUACUCUGGAAACAGUGGAGGUGCCGGUCUAGGCGUUCGUCCACCCUCAGAUUUCACUCAGGCUGCUGCUGCUGCUGUUGCUGCCGCCGCUGCCACAGCAACUGCCACUGCUACAGCGACUGUUGCAGCAAUACAGGAAAAACAGAACCAGGAGCUGAGCUAUGGCCAGUUGGGUGGAACAUCCUCUUACAGCACCCAAUUCCUAUCUCAUGCGGGGCCCCGGGGCCCUCCAGGGAUGAACCCUGGCGGGAUGAUCUCUUCAAGGUCUGGACUUCCACCUUCCACCGGAGGCUUGUAUCCUUCUCACCCUGCGCACAUUCAGAGGAUUCCUCAUCAAGGAGGCUAUCCGGGCGGACAACAAGGACUCAAACGGCCUUUCCAUUCCGAGGGUUUUUCUGGACCACAGUAUGGCUCUGGUGGGAUGUCAGGGUACACUAACCAGCCUCUGCAAUACCCCUCUGGUUCGCAGCAGAGAUGCGCCACCUCACCCUCUUACCUCUCCAGUCGGAUGCCUCACAUGGGACACUACUCUGCUGGAUCACACAACCCAGCACAGUUUUCCCCUGGAGCUGGACAGCCCAAUCCUCCUCAGUAUUAUAAGUCAGAGCCUUUCAAUGGUCAGGGCAGCAUGGCAAGUGGAGGACCAGGAGGAUACAAUGCCUUCACACAGGCUGCAGUGAACGGGCCAGUUCGGGGUGGGGUGCUUCCUGGGUAUCCCACCUCGCCAAUGGGAGGGAAUCCUACCCCUCCAAUGACACCGGGGACCUCCAUACCUCCCUACCUUUCUCCAGGCCAGGAAACCAAACCCCCCUACCUUACAACAGAAACCAAAGCCAACAUCAACACCCAGCAGCCCCUUACAGGUAACCCCAGUGACGACCUGCGUCUGACUUUCCCUGUACGAGAUGGUGUAGUAUUGGAGCCUUUCAGAUUGGAGCACAACCUGGCUGUCAGCAACCAUGCCUUCCAUCUGCGAGACUCUGUCUACAAAACACUAAUGAUGAGGCCAGAUUUAGAGCUGCAGUUUAAGUGUUACCACCACGAAGACAGACAAAUGAACACUAACUGGCCUGCCUCUGUGCAAGUCAGUGUUAAUGCAACUCCUCUGUCCAUUGAAAGAGGUGACAACAAAACCUCCCACAAGCCCUUGUAUCUAAAGCAAGUGUGUCAGCCAGGGCGCAACACUGUACAGAUCACAGUGACAGCAUGCUGCUGUUCCCACCUGUUUGUGCUACAGUUGGUGCACCGGCCAUCUGUCAGGUCUGUUCUGCAGGGUCUGAUGAAGAAGAGACUGCUUCCGGCUGAGCACUGCAUUACAAAGAUAAAAAGAAACUUCAGCAGUGGCACCAUUCCUGGAACCCCUGGUCUGAAUGGGGAGGAUGGAGUGGAGCAGACAGCUAUUAAAGUUUCUCUCAAAUGCCCCAUCACAUUCAAACGAAUCCAGCUGCCAGCCAGAGGCCAUGACUGCAGGCACAUACAGUGUUUUGAUCUGGAGUCCUAUUUGCAGCUAAAUUGUGAAAGAGGGACCUGGCGAUGCCCCGUUUGCAAUAAAACAGCUUUGCUAGAAGGACUGGAGGUUGACCAGUAUAUGCUUGGGAUUCUUGUCUAUAUCCAAAAUUCAGACUAUGAGGAGAUCACUAUAGACCCAGUAUGUGGUUGGAGGCCGGUGCCUGUUAAACCUGACCUUCACAUAAAAGAGGAGCCUGAUGGACCAGUCCUCAAACGCUGUCGCACAGUCAGUCCAAGUCACAUGGUCUUACCAAAUGUGAUGGAAAUGAUUGCUGCUCUGGGCCCAGCAUCAUCCCCCUACCAAAGUCUGAAUGCAGGAGGCAGGAACACCCCAGAGUACAGUCGGCCAGGGAAUCAGGGAUUCUCCAACCAGCCAGGAUUUACAGAUUUCCCCAAUACUCCUGGGACCCCAAUACUAGGAGAGUAUGCACCUUCUGGACCACCACCUCCACUCCCUUAUCAGUCUGAGCAGACAGCUCAUUCUGGACAAAUUGACCACUCUCAUAACAUCCUCCAGCAGCAUGGCUCAGGUGUGCACAGUAACCCGAGUCUGUGUGACACUAGCAGCCCUCUGCCACAGCGGAGCACCAAUACCCAGAAUUCCCUCGGACAGAGCGAAGGCACCUUUGGUCUGAGCGGCCCGGGACUGCCUGUAGGAGAGGGGACAGAUCAUGCGCUAGAUCUUCUUCCUGAGCUGACCAACCCAGAUGAGCUGCUGUCCUAUCUGGGCCCUCCGGACCUUCCCAACAACAGCAGUGAUGAUCUGCUUUCUCUGUUCGAGAACAACUGAGUCAAACUUCCAUUCCAGCCUCUUUCUCUCUUUGCUGUAGCUCGACUCAGUUUUCACCAACUUCUUUGUGUGUGUUAUGGUGUUUUUUGUGUAUCAGUUGCUCUGAAGUGUCCUGCUGCUGAAAUUCUUUGAGUACAGUGUUAAGGUGUACGUAGGAACACUCUCGAAAUGUGAACACUAUUAUGAGUAUGAAGAAUGCAACAGUACACAGGCAUUGACUCUACAGACCAGCAUUUGAAACUAUAGCACAAAUCACUGGCUGGAGUAUUUUGUAUUUAAUGAUUAAAUUGUUUUUUGUUUGGUUUUUUUUAUUGGUGUACAUUCAUAAAGGAGUUCCCAAAAUUUGACUGGGGAUUUUCAUACAUUAACAUACACUUCUGCACAUUGUGAGUGCUGCAAAUUGUCUGCAGAUCGCUGUAUUGUCUGAGGUUUUACUGCAACUUGUCCACAUGUUAAGUAUGACAAUGGAAACAAAAAGUUUCAUGCAAGAAUAUUUUUGUAUUCUUGCCUUAAAAUUAGGUUUUUCUGUAAGGUUAUUAUUGGCUUAUUUUUAAUGCCAACUCAGCUUAAAAAACAUAUAUAUUUAUUUAUAUAUACAGUUAAUUUGAAUUUCCUUCCAUUACAUAGCACCUUUUGUUUAAAGCACCCCUAUUAUGCUUUUGGGAUUUUUCUCAUUCUGUAGCUUUUUUUGUGUGUGUUAAGUUUACACAGUUCUAAAAGUAAAGGUUCAAGCUAAACAGGGUCACUCCCCCAUAGGAUACACUGCUCCUAAACGGUAUAAUGAUUACUUAUAGACUUGUUUGGCUCUAGCCAAUAAUAUCCCACGAAUUACCAACAGACUCCAACACAAACUUCACGACUCAAAUACUGAUAUGGCUUCAGAUAGCAUAUUGCCAGUGACGAGCAAUUUGUCUGCAUCUGCAUUGUCUGGUAAUAUUAGCCAAAAGAAAGACAAUUUUAUGCUACAGAAUAUGUGACCAACGGCCAGGGUUAUAUCAUGGCUGUGCGGGUUCAUUAUUGCAUUUCAUUUUUGAGGGAAAGGUCAAAUCCAACUAUGAGCUCACUUUCUGAGUUGAAAAAGUUGAAAGCACCUGUUUUUCUAAGAUUUUUGUUAGUAAUACAAUGGAAAGCAAUAGAAAACAUUUAGCACUGGUUAUUUACAUAAACACAUUGCCCAAGAAUGACCAGUUAAAUCAAACUGGGGAUUGGGAUAAGUGUGUUUUUGAUAGACGGUAUACAAGUUGGAGCCCCGUUUGAAGGUUUGAGUUUACUGUUUUCAGCUUUUGGUUAACAAACAUUUGAAUGUGACAAGGAGGGGCGAGUCUGACUGCGAAACUAGUUGUGUAUUGGCUAAUGACAUGUCGAUCACAAGUCAUAUAAACUUUCAUUUUGAAGCAUAGUGUGAAUAAGAUUUACAAAACAGUAUUUUGUAAACUAAACUCAGAAAUAAGUUACUGAGGUCAAAUCACAUAUAGGGUGUAAAGAGGUGCUGGAGCAGUUUCCCUUUUAUUUGUAUGAAAAUUUUACAUGGGACUGUCAUUGAAAGAGCUGUAGCAAGUCACGUUUGUGCGUUCUUUCACUGAACCUUGUUUUUCUGACUCUUGCAAGUAUAAUUUAUAUUAUGAAAUAUUGGGUAGGUAAAGUAAAUAAAUAAUAGAGGCAAGGUGGGAAUAUUAAAAGGAAAACUUUCAGUUUCUGAGAAAAGUCAUAUGUAUAUAUAUAUACACGUGUAUAUAUAUGUAUAUGUGUGUGUGUGUGUGUGUAUAUAUAUAUAUAUAUAUAUAUAUAUAUAUAUAUAUAUAUAUACACAUAUACACUGUUUUAUACACACACACAAGAAUAGCUCUGACAUUCUCAUAUUAUAAAUCAUAAAUUUGUAAGUGAUAUCUGUUGGAAGUUGAUGUUAAUCCAAACAAGCAAUGUGUGAUCUAUUUAUAAGAACAGCCAGAUAUUCUGAGAUUAUAAUGGGGGAAGCCAUGAGUGGUGUCAAUGGUGAGGUGAGGUUGAUCUAACCUUAUAACGCUGUGGUCAAUUUAUGAGAAAAUUUAAAUUCACAAGAUUGCAAAGGAAUGUGGUAUGAUCCAAACCCAGUAAACUUGGGGUCAUUUAAAAGUAUUUAUAGCUAUUUUCAAGCAGCAGUGGUUUGAUGAGUUUGAGCCAACCUUGGGAAACUGAAGAUGAUUACAUUGGACAUUUUUGGUAAUUGAUAAUAUUAUUAAUUAAAUAACUAAAUAUUAAUCUUACAUAAUUUAGUUUGUUUACAUUUAUUCAGGUAAAGAUUGAUGAUUUUGUGCAAUUUUAUUUAAAUUAAAUACUAUAAGUAACUAUAUUUAUUCAUACAAGUAUUUCUUGCUUGAGACCCACUAAUUGUUAGCAUGAUGCAUUUCUUAGUUGUGGUCAUCUUCUGGGAAUUGAUGAUAAUGCAAGAUAAAGAAAACUGACAAACAUUUUCUUAAAUACACAAUGAUUACAAUGUAAAAUGAGAGUGGUUAAGGUGUAGAGCUAAAAGACACAUGUCGUCAUAGAGUAAAUGAGAAAAAGCCCAAAGUAUGAAGGCAUUGCCAGUAGGCCUUUUCCACAACAUAAAGCUGGGAGAGCACUGACAUUCAUUGUCUCUCUGACAUCCUUCAGCACUGUGAAAUGUACAAAGCCUCACUUUCCCUCUGUUGGUUUACCCUCUUUUGAGGGCUUUCAAAAUACUUUAUAUGAGCUGUGUGUCAUGGCAUUUUUCUGCCAUUUGAAAGUUAGUAUGUUUUUAUAUUGUUUUACAUUUAUAACCCAUCAUGGCACGGGUUUACGUAUUGUAUAAUCAACUGUUUUCAUUAGAGAACGUGUGUGUGUAUCAGACAAAUUGUUAAACAUGAUAAUUUUAAUGUUAUUAGUUGGAUAAAGGAUCAUUGUUGGCACUGUAUACUGUAUGUUUAAAAGUGUUAAACCAAUUGUAAAAAUCAAGGUCAUACAUAAAAGAUGCAUGUGUGACAAAAAAAAUGGACAGUCAGCAGUCAUCAAGAUAAAGUUGAAAUUAUUCUUAAUGUGAUUUUUUUAAAGUUGACAUUUUUUUGUAUGAACUAUUUACUCGCUGUGGUCCAACAUUGUGUUGACAAAGCAACAGAAAUUCUUUUCCAGGUUGAGCUACGCAAAAUUAUAUUUGAAAAGUAUGAACAUACAAAUUUACUACAAAAAAACUAAACAAAAAACAAAAUAAAAGAUUUUUAAAAAUGUUCUGCCUAUUUUGUAACACAUUGUAAUUGCCAUUAUUUUCUAUUUAUUUUUUAAUUAUAAUUAUCAUUGUAUUCACAGUUGCUUUGUCCCCUUCCUGAAACUGAAUCAGAAUUAAAC